AUGUACUUCACCAUUCGUCUUGCUGCCAAUCGAAGUAGAAACAAAGCCUGUCAAAAUGCCGAUUCUAAGCCUGUCCUACUCAAUCCUGAAUCCGGCCGAGAGUCUCGCCUUUCGCAUCGCCUGUCUCGCCAGCAGACACAACAAGAGCAUUACCAAGGUCUGCAGCAACGCUACUCGUCCGCACCGCCAUCACCGUCGAUCGAGCUCCUUCCAGAGAUUAAAACAAGCUCGAGCGACGACAAAGCGAACGAGUGGCUAGAGCGAGGAGUUGCUGACAACGGUAUUGACGUGGUUCAUGGGGACCUGGGACAGAAAAAACCCGAGAUGACGCAGGCGAUGGUGAUCAAACCAAAGAAACAACUAAGAUGGGAUCGGCGUGAGGGAAAGCUGGACGAUGGCAGUGGACAUUCUAAGGUCGUCGAGAGGACGGACAAAGAUGGUAUGGUGUGUACGGAGUAUCGGGCAGUUUGA